GUCUGACCGCGCAUGCGCAUUCGCGCUGUAGUCUAUCCGCCAUUGAAAUACACGAUCUCCGAUGGAAACGAGUCAGAGGCAGUGACACAGACGACACUCACGAUUCUCCAUUCCUCGUGCUCUGAAGUGUGACGAUUACCGUUUUUUUUAACAACGUCUUUACAGUCAGUUUACACUGGUGCAUUUUUUCCUUUGUCUUUUUUUUUCUUGUCCCGAAAUACGUUGAUGGACCCGCACAGGAUAUUUUAGUAGCUGUCCAGGGCGAACGUGUUCCCGUUAGUGGGUUAAGCGAACCGAGCCAGGCUCUGCUCUGGGGGCAAGCGCGACUGCAGCAGCUCAGCGUUUGAUGGAUCCUAGAAUCGCCUGGUUUCAGCCAGAACAGCGCGGACCUGCCAACAACCUGUGGAUGCACAUUUGGGAAACGACGCAGACGCUGGGAAGACUCUACUUCAACAGCAACUGCAACACAGCCAGCGCCAAACUGACGAGCAGCAGCAACGCGGCCGACCGCAGCGGCAAGCCCAAGGAUCAUCGGGGGAUGUCUGGAUCCAAACCCGACAGUGAUGUCUCCGAUCAACAAGAUUUUAUCCCUCUGGAAGCCAAUAGCAGCAGCAGGGGUGUCGGCGGAGGGGGGCAAGUGGUUGGCAGUAGGUUUGCGGUCGUGGGAACUGAGUUGCCAAGCAAGAGGAAAAGAGACAACAAGGCGAGCACCUUUGGUUUUAACAGAAAUCUGCUGCUGACAGAUGGAGUGGAGGACAUUUACACGGGCACACCGUGGAAGAGCAGAAACUACUCGGAAGGCAUUGUGGGGCUGCAUGAGGAGAUAAAGGACUUUUAUGAGUAUAUUUCUCCUCGUCCAGAGGAGGACCACAUGAGGCAAGAGGUGGUGGACAGGAUCCAGAGAGUCAUCAAGGACUUGUGGCCCAAUGCUGAGGUUCAAGUGUUUGGCAGCUUCAGCACAGGCUUGUAUUUACCUACAAGUGAUAUAGACUUGGUGGUUUUUGGUCACUGGGAGACUUUACCUCUCUGGACUCUGGAAGAGGCGCUACGCAAGAGAAAAAUUGCAGAUGAGAACUCUGUCAAAGUCCUGGACAAAGCAACGGUUCCCAUCAUUAAACUGACAGAUCUGCACACAGAGGUAAAAGUGGACAUCAGCUUUAAUGUACAGAACGGUGUUAAAGCUGCAAACCUCAUCAAGGAGUUCAAACAGCAAUUUCCCGUAUUACCGUACCUGGUGCUGGUUUUGAAGCAGUUUUUGCUGCAAAGAGAGCUGAAUGAGGUUUUUACGGGAGGCAUCGGAUCGUACAGUCUCUUCCUCAUGGUUGUCAGCUUCUUACAGCUGCACUACAGAGAGGAUGCGUGUAGUUCAAACCCAAACCUGGGUGUCCUGCUGAUUGAGUUUUUUGAGCUGUACGGACGCCAUUUUAACUACCUGAAGACAGGGAUCAGGAUAAAAGAUGGUGGCUCUUACGUGGCCAAGGAUGAAGUGCAGAAAGGCAUGCUGGAUGGGUACAGACCUUCUAUGCUUUACAUUGAGGAUCCUUUGCAGCCAGGAAAUGAUGUUGGGCGAAGUUCAUAUGGGGCGAUGCAGGUGAAAGCGGCUUUUGAUUACGCUUACGUUGUCUUAAAUCAUGCUGUGUCCCCGAUUGCCAAGUACUACCCCAACAACAAGUCAGAGAGUAUUCUAGGUAGAAUAAUCCGUGUCACACAGGAAGUAGCGGAGUACCGUGACUGGAUCAGUGCACAUUGGGGCCAGCAGAGCAACAAUGAGCCGGUCCUCAACUGUAAUGCAAAUGAUGUCACGCUGCUCGUGGAGUCGGAGGAGCUUGAUGAGUGUAAUAAUAAUGUUUCAGAAGAUAGUGCGGUGCUUCCUACUGUUCCCCGGAGCAAAGUGUCCUCAAACUCCUCCUCUCCUUCCCCCUCUCUCCCUUCAUCACCAUCCUCAUCAUCGCCUUCUUCAACAGCCUCUAGCUCGAGUGAUGCGGACUCUGAUGGAACACCCUAUAAAACUUUGAAAGCUUUGGGUGGCCGGGGCUCUAACUCUUACAGUGAGAAUACAGUAAGGAAUCUGUCCAAUCACAGAUCACAAAAUCAUUCAGCAACAAUGCCCACCCCCACUUAUAAGGGCAAUAAGAGUCGGCAGCUUGCUAAAAGUGCUCAAGGGCCACACAACAACCCCAACAAGAUCCUGCAAAACAGCAAGUCCCAAAAAACCAACAUGAAGAAGAGGAAACCUCAGCGUGAGGUAGCGCGUGAGGACCUGUGUAGAUAGGAGGAGCUGUUCUUUCAGACUUACACAUGCUUUUAAUGUCUCUGACCACAGAAGGGUGCUGCUGUCAUUUAUCUCUCCUGUCCCACUGUUUAAGGGAUGUGUGUGACUUUGUUGAUGGAAAAGAAAAAAAAAAGAGAAUAAUUCAAGUGUGGCAUUGGCCAUGGGACUGGAAUCAUGUGGGAGAGUCUAGGCCUGAUUUCCACUGGCUUCUGCUCACGGCCCAUGUGGGAGCUGCACUGCUCUGCUGGACAUGUGAAGGACCAGAGAAUGUAGGAGAGAGAAUUCAACUUGAGCAAUACCUGAAGCCCUGGAUUUUGCCUCACUGAGGACAACU